AUCACUGGUUAACCGAGUCUUCGAACUCAACUCCAGCAAUGGUGGAUUACUGACGUCUUUCCACUUGUUUCUUGUAAUGUAGACAGAAUUUUAUCUUUAGGAACCCUAAAGAAGCUUGUGUGUCACCAUGGCGCAUAUAUUCCAAGGCCCCCUGAAGCGUUCAGCUGCCAAGUUCCUUCAUCCUGCCCGAUUUCAAGCCGUUGUGGGCAUAACGCUCCCACAACAAUCGGCGAACUUGACCUCCGUCAAAGGCAUGCAGAGUGAAACAUUGAAAAGUCGAGGGAAACCAUGGAACUACGAAAAACAUCCGUAUAAUCACUUUUAUUUUUUUAUCGAUAAUACACUAAAGAGAUUUAACGAUAAUAGCAAGGUGAUUGUCAUUGAUGGAAAUAUUGGUGUGGGCAAGACUGAAUUCGGAAAAAAAUUGGCUGAAGAAUUUGACAUGUACUUCUUCCCGGAUAUUGAUUCCAAUGAUAUUUUUAAAAUAAAGAACCGUGACUUUGAUGUUCGUAUGGUUAAUGAUGUAUUACCCGUUGACGUAAGAUUCUGCGACAUGCCAACAUUUUAUGAACAGAAGGUACCAAGACCACAGCUGUUGCGGUUCGGUUACACGCAAUUGCAGAUGUAUAAAGCUCGCUACUUCAAUUAUCUAAAGGCUUUGGUGCAUAUUCUGAAUACUGGACAGGGCGUCGUGGUUGAGAGGAGUGUUUUCUCUGACAUGGUGUUUGUUGAUGCUAUGAGAAAAUUCAAACAUCUCACUCCCCCUGGUCAUCGUCAUCUCCACUAUGCUAGAACAAAUACGAUCUGUGAGCUGUGGCGACCCCACCUGGUGGUAUAUUUAGAUGCCCCUGUGUCACACGUAAGGGAGCAGAUACAGAAACGAAACGUACCCUGGGAAGUCAAAAGCCCUGCUUUGACGGACGAUUUCAUUGCAGAAAUAAGUAGUGUGUAUAAAAACAAGUACCUCGAAGAAAUGAAAACCAAGAGUGAAAUUAUCCAGUACAACGUCACUGACAUGCCCGACUGGGAAAUUAUAGUCGAGGAUUUUGAGGAUGUCGAUCUGGAGCCCCACCUGGAUGCAGACCCCUUUAAGUUUGUCGAUUGGAUGUUAAGUGAGAUUGCUGAAGAAGACUAUUGUUCUUAUAGAUUCCACGUGUCUCAGACCGAAGAACACAACAGUCUUUUUUACUUUCACAUACCUUUUGAUGCCCCAGAAAUGUUCUGGAAUGGAGAGGAUGCCCAUCUGCUAAACAAUUACAUUGAUCAUGAUCCUGCAGUAGAAACAGAUCCAAACUACAGAGGAUGGGGAGCUCUUUUCAAGUCACCAUUUUAAGAUUUAAGUUAGGAUUAUAAACUCUUCCCAUAGUUUUAAAUCACCAUAUUUGUGGGUAUGGAAAAUGGAAAUGUUGACGACUAUAAUCUACUCCGAUUGAUCUUUGACUUUGUUCUAGUGCUUAAUAACAGAUUCUGUUGAAAGAAAUACUAUCUAAUUUUGUUCAAUGAUAACUUAAGAAACUUUAAAUUAAUAAAUGUGUGUGACAUUAAA